UUGCUGGCCUAGCUGUUGUCUGCUACCUAAGCUGCGGAGCAGGAGAUGGCCGUGGACCCAACCUCCAGCAGGACUGCAGGGAACAUCUCGACACAACUCCAUGUUGCGGCCAGGGUUUGCGUCCUCAGCUCCUCUCGGAUGUGAUGGCUACCAUAGCUCUUUCCUGGAACCUGUCCCUCUACGUCUUCCUCCUGCUCCUGGCUACACCUUGGGCGUCUGCAGCAGUGAAAGACUGUUCCCAUCUUGAAUGCUUCUACAACUCAAGAGCCAAUGUCUCUUGCAUGUGGAGCCAUGAAGAGGCUCUGAAUGUCACAACCUGCCACAUCCAUGCCAAGUCGAAUCUGCGACCCUGGAACAAAACCUGUGAGCUAAUUCUCGUGAGGCAGGCAUCCUGGGCCUGCGACCUGAUUCUCGGGCCACGCCCAGAGUCCCAGUCACUGACCUCUGUGGACCUCCUUGACAUAAAUGUGGUGUGCUGGGAAGAGAAGGGUUGGCGUAGGGUAAAGACCUGCAACUUCCGUCCCUUUGACAACUUUCGCCUGGUGGCCCCUCAUUCCCUCCAAGUCCUUCACAUUGAUACCCAGAGAUGUAACAUAAGCUGGAAGGUCUCCCAGGUCUCUCACUAUGUUGAACCAUACUUGGAAUUUGAGGCCCGUAGACGUCUUCUGGGCCACAGCUGGGAGGAUGCAUCCGUAUUAAGCCUCAAGCAGAGGCAGCAGUGGCUCUUCUUGGAGAUGCUGAACCCUAGUACCUCAUAUGAGGUCCAGGUGAGGGUCAUAGCUCAACGAGGCAAAACCAGGACCUGGAGUCCCUGGAGCCAGCCCCUGACCUUUCGGACAAGGCCAGCAGAUCCCAUGAAGGAGAUCCUCCCCAUGUCAUGGCUCAGAUACCUUCUGCUGGUCCUUGGUUGUUUUUUUGGCUUCUUCUCCUGCGUCUACAUUUUGGUCAAGUGCCGGUACCUUGGGCCAUGGCUGAAGACAGUUCUCAAGUGCCACAUCCCAGAUCCUUCUGAGUUCUUCUCCCAGCUGAGCUCCCAGCACGGGGGAGACCUUCAGAAAUGGCUCUCCUCGCCUGUCCCCUUGUCCUUCUUCAGCCCCAGUGGCCCUGCCCCUGAGAUCUCUCCGCUGGAAGUGCUCGACGGAGAUUCCAAGGCCAUGCAGCUGCUCCUGUUACAGAAGGACUCUUCCCCUUCACCCUCGCCCAGCGGCCACUCACAGGCCAGCUGCUUCACCAACCAGGGCUACUUCUUCUUCCAUCUGCCCAAUGCCUUGGAGAUUGAAUCCUGCCAGGUGUACUUCACCUAUGACCCCUGUGUGGAAGAGGAGGUGGAGGAGGAUGGGUCAAGGCUGCCCGAGGGAUCUCCUCACCCACCUCUGCUGCCUCUGGCUGGAGAACAGGAUGACUACUGUGCCUUCCCGCCCAGAGAUGACCUGCUGCUCUUCUCCCCGAGCCUCAGCACCCCCAACACUGCCUAUGGGGGCAGCAGAGCCCCUGAAGAAAGGUCUCCAUUCUCCCUAGCAUCCCCUGACCUGACGGGCUUACAGUGCCCUUUGGAGAGGAUGCCGGAAGGUGAUGGAGAGGGGCUGUCUGCCAAUAGCUCUGGGGAGCAGGCCAGUGUCCCAGAAGGCAGCCUUCAUGGGCAAGAUCAGGACAGAGGCCAGGGCCCCAUCCUGACUCUGAACACCGAUGCCUAUCUGUCUCUUCAAGAACUACAGGCCCAAGAUUCAGUCCACCUAAUAUAGACAGGUGGCCAGGACUGGGAUCCAGCUGCCUGGGUCAGGACAGGCUUGAGGAAGACUGCUUAAGAGGUCUCUUGAGGACAGUCCACUGCUGAGGACUGUCCUGGCUAUCCCUGUCCCCCCCCAAACUUAAUCAUCCACUUCUGAGCUCCACUUGCUACUUCCUGGUCUAGCCAGGGUUUGGUGGAGGGUGAGAAGUGGGGGAGCGGUGGUCAGCUCCACUGCCCUAUUUAGUCAUGAGGUCACUAGCUUCCUGUACCUGCCUCCCUCCCUCCUGCUUGCCUUCACAGGGCAGCUAGAACUUGCUUCCCCCAAUACAAACACAACCUUGCUCCUCGUUUAUCCCUGAGCUUGCUGGGGCUCCUUACUUCCCUCUGCCCCAUUUCCUGUCUCAACUCUUGCCCUGCCAGCACGGCUGUGGAACAGCUGUCCUCAGGUUGUGAUGUGGCUGUAUACUGUCUUAAAAUCAGAGCAGCUUUGACAACCCAAACGAAGAGGUCCUGAUAAGACUGAAUGCAGCCUGUCGACUAUGGAGGGUCCCUCGUAGAAGGAGGGAUUGGGAAGGGUCAUCAGGUCAUCACCUGAUCAUAGCCACUGUCCUGCACCCCAUCCUCAGCUAUUCUGCUCCUGGAGCAUGCAUUAUUUUAUGUGUUCUUGGGCGAUGCUGGUCUAUGUAAGGGAGGGCAGGGCUGAUUAAAGUGAGGGCUCCAUCUAUGUUGCUUUGGGGACCUUGUCUAUUCUGGGGUGGGUUUUUCUGUGAAGCAGCUUCUUUGGGGUUACCUAGCCCCCUUGUCAGUAAGCCUAAGAGAGUCAAAGGACCACCGAGCUGGACUUGAGUGUACGUGUACCUUUGAUGCAACAUCUGGGAAAAGUACUUGUUUUGUUAAUGUAUCCUUGAAUCUAAGAAAAGCUUACACCACAAACAUUGUGUCAGCACUGUCCUUUGUGGAGACCUCACGAGGAUCCCCUGGGGUCUCCUGGAGUCAUGAUGUGUCAUUCCCUAUCCCCCACCCCACCCCACCCCACUCCCAACCCCCUCCUUUGCAGGCACUGUUCAUUGUGCUCCACCUAGGUAUCAAGCUUCUCUCAUCAUCUCCUGUAAGUCCCGCCUACCUAGAGGGAGGGGCUUCUCCUGUAAGUCCCGCCUACCUAGAGGGAGGGGCUUCUCCUGUAAGUCCCGCCUACCUAGAGGGAGGGGCUUCUUCUGUAAGUCCCGCCUACCUAGAGGGAGGGGCUUUUUUCUUAAGGCACUCAGAAGGAGAUGAAGGGGAUAGCACUUGACCCAUCUUCCUUCUCCCGGGCUAUCUCCUGACCUCCCUGUGAUAGGCUCAGUUUGGACACAAAUACCUACCCAGCAGUGGCGGUUGGAUCUUUCCACGGCUGCCUCACCAACUCAUGAAGGAGUCCACUGGAACCUGAGCCCCGAGUCCCAACAGCCCAGGCAUGCUAAGUGUACCACCUCACCCUCAGAGGAGAGCACUGCUCUCUACAGACCACUCCAUUAGCACAGAGCCUUAGGUGUGGGUCACUGUUCUAGGGUGAUCAGAUCGUAUCUCCUCAGGGAAGCAGAGAUCCAGACCUAACUAAUGGCUGCCCUACCCACAGUGCCUGCCUUCGUGGUCCUGCACACUGCUACCUGGCUGUCUGGCCAGACUACAGGACCACUGUAGUUGCUGACUAGCAACUUAGGAAGUGCCUUGGUGCAGAAGGGCUGUCACAGAGGCCAGGCCUGAUCUAGCCAAGUAGGGUGUCUCUCAACCAGAUGUCCUGCGAACAGGUGCUUGGGACAAGGCCCAUUGUUAGCGAGAGGAGAUAAGUCAGUGCAGAUGGGAUUCAGAACCCAUGCAAGGGCUCUCCUGCCCAUCCCCUCCUGCCACCGGAUGCUGCCUGCCACCAGCCUCCUCUAGCUCAGCAAUGAGUCAGACCUGAGCUUUGCAUUCACAUUCUUCACUGUGUGUCUUGGGCAAAUGGACAAACCUUCAGGAUUUUCUUGCUUCAGCUCCCAAACAGGAAUACAACUUAUUUCCACAACUGAAAAGGUCUGGGAAGGAUUCAGUUCUCUUUCAAUGAUCUGUGCAUGGCAUUUUUGCAAUUAUUUCCUGUAAAGUUUUAAAACACAUUCACCUUUUUGUUUGUUUGUUUGUUUGCUUGUUUAAAUGCACUUAAUUAAAGAUUUUUCUUCAUAUCGU